CCUACUAAUCUAGUCGUAUAGCAAUACCACUUCUGCACCCAAUGUCACCUUACAUAGUCGGCGUGCGUCGGUCCGUCGGUACCGCAGCGGGGAGCCCAUUCGUGCCGCAAUGAUACUCGACUUGAAAUGGGCGCGAGGAGGGCGCGUCUAUCAAUAUUUAGCGAUGCUGACAGGUACUUUAUGCAUCGUAUCCAGCGGAAUGCACUACGGAUGGUCCUCCCCUUCGCUGCCCCAGCUGCAGCACCCUAACUCGACGCUCCCGGUGACGAACGAGGAGGGCUCCUGGUUGGCGGUGAUGCCGCUGUUCGGUGCGUCCAUCGGUUCUCUCUUCAGCAUCGUGACGCUAGACCGCAUCGGUCGAAAGAAAGCGAUUCUGCUCUGCGGCAUCCCGUCCUUCGCCGCCUGGAUCAUGGUCGCCACGGCGGACACGGUCACCACGCUGAUGUUCGCGAGGAUCGUCGCCGGAUUCGGCGACGGCCUCUCCUUCUGCGCGAUCCCGAUGUACCUCAACGAAAUCGCCGAUCCCGAGGUGCGCGGGUUUCUCGGGUCGAGCUGCGCGACCGCGCUAAUUUUGGGGAUGCUGCUGAUCAGCGUCGUCGGCUCGUACGCGAGCAUAACCUGCGCCGCGCUGGUGUGCUCGGUGGCGCCACUGCUGCUCCUGGUGACCUUCCCGUGGAUGCCCGAAAGUCCCUACUACCUGAUCAUGCGAGGACGCGAGGCGGAUGCGGCGAGAAGCUUGAGGAUCUUCAGAGGCACCUUCGAUGUCGACGACGAACUGAGACGACUCUCCGCCGCAAUCAAAAUUCAGAAUUUGGACACCGGGAAAUUUCUCGACCUCUUCACCGUGAAGGGCAGUCGAAGGGCCGGGAUAAUUGCGAUGGGAAUGCAGACCAUUCAACAGUGCAGCGGCAUGAUGGCGAUUGCGUUCUAUGCGCACACCAUUUUUGAGAGCGCCGGGAGCGCUUUCUCGCCGGUCACGGCCGCCAUCAUUUACUUCACGCUCCAGGUGGUGUUUUCCGUUGUAUCCUCCAUGAUCAUGGAUCGAACCGGAAGGAGACCACUGUUGGUCAUUUCCAUAGUCGGCGCGGGACUGUCUCUGUUCGUCGAAGGCCUCUACUUCUACCUCAAGUGCGAUUACCCCUACGUACCCGUCCUGGCGUUAAUUGCGUUCGUCGUUCACUUCAGCCUGGGACUCCAGACGAUACCGACGUUACUCCUGGGCGAGCUCUUCUCCACGAACGUGAAGGCGUUCGCGCUGAGCCUCUCCGAUGUUCAUUUCAACCUCGUCGCCAUUCUCGUCUCCAAGUUCUUCCAGGCGGUCAAGGAUAGCUACGGAAUGCACAUUCCAUUUUUCGCGUUCAGCGCGUCGUGCGUCGCCGGGCUCGUCUUCGUUUUGCGCUACGUGCCGGAAACGAAGGGCAAGACUUUGGAGGAGAUCCAGGACGAGCUGCGCGGAAGAGCUCGAGCUGACGAUAGCAGGCAGGUUGAAACUUUGCGGAAGAUCGUCGCCGAAACAAUUGAUAUAUGCAAUAACGUACAAAAAUAAAAAGCGCCACAACCUA